UUCUGGAUGUGAUCACUUGUUUUGCUGGGUUUUUCCUAUUGCACUUUUUUCGAUGGAUUGCAUGCUCUUAUAAGUGUCGCGUUCACCAUACACAUUUUAUCACUGGCUUUUAAUUCCUCCUCUCACCUAGUCCAUCCAUAAAUCGAAGGCUGGGUAAUACCAAGGUGUAUCAGCAUGGCCACCGUCGAGAACCGAGGCCCGGAGUUGAUGCGAGUGUGCGUCGCUCUGUUAACGACAGCAGUGAUAGCUAUCUCUCUCAGAUGCUACACACGAUUAGGCAUAGUCAAGGCCUUUGGAGCCGAUGACUGGACGAUGAUGGCAGCAACGGUCUCGUUCAUCUUGUUCUGCACUUGUGCGAUUACUGGUAUACAUUAUGGGACAGGGCGUCAUUUUGCGGAUCUGGAAACCCCGGACAUCGAGAAGGCCAUGAUGUACUGGUGGCUCUGUUAUAUAUGGUAUUGCCUUACCAUGAUUGCUUCUAAGAUCUCGAUCGGUCUUUUCCUCCUACGAAUCGCCGUUCAGCGAAUUCACCACUAUAUCAUCUACGUCAACCUCCUGCUUACAGUCGUCACCGGCCUCGUCUUCUUUUUUGUCACCCUUUUACAGUGCAACCCAAUCCCGUACUUCUGGCUCAGGUUUGGCGGUACCACCCAAGGAACCUGCAUCGACGUGAAUAUUAUUGCAGCUCUUACGUACCUCUAUAGCGCCUUCAACGUAAUAUGCGACUUCACCUUUGCUACUCUACCAAUAGUUUUGAUCUGGGGGCUUCAGAUGGAUAAGAGAACCAAAAUCGCUUUGAUUCCUAUUUUAAGCAUGGGCUGCGUAGCUAGUUCUGCUGUCGUCGUUCGUCUAGCUUAUAUCAAGGACUUUAAGGAUCCGGAUUUUUUAUGGGCGACCGUCUACAUCGCCGUCUGGUCAACGACAGAGCAAGGCCUGGCGAUCACAGCAGGCAGUUUAGCAACACUGCGGCCGCUAUAUCGAAUCGCCGCCCAAGGGCUCGGUAUGUGGAGUUCAACAGCAGGAAUUGCCCAGUCAGACAACAUGCCGAAAACGAUUGGCAGCUCGGGUGUGGGGAAAUUUGGUGGUAGGUACGGGAAAGGCAAUCAAGGCAGCCGCGGAUAUACUGGUGGAUUCGACUUGACCACAUUCGCCCAGGAUGAAGAGGCUCAGGACAGUCAUCGUGAGGAGCAAUUGAAGAUGAAUAACACAAUCGUCUGUACAACAGACAUCACUGUCAAAAGAAGCAGCAUAUGGGGAUCAUCAAAAGAGGGCCGCUCGAGACAUAACGAAAGUCAGGAGGAGCUACACCUUAAAUCAUCGAAGGAUACGAUGAACGGGUUAAAAGCCGUUCCUAAAAGUUUUUUGGCCGAUGGUAGAUCAUCGAGAAAUAGCAAUGGUUCUUAAUUAAGUGUUGUCGAAAUCUUUUUCAGUCACGAAAAAAAGAUUAAACAUUUAUUAUAUAUUUAAUUAAUUUUUUUAAUCCUUUCGAAAGACAUUUUACACAUAGGC